AUGCUCCCCUCCCAUCGCACACAAGACACAAACACAUCCUCUGAAGCUCCGACCUUCUUCCAACGUCAACACCACCUCCGACACCUCCCUUCACCACCGCCUCUGUUCUCUAUCCUUCCUUCAGUGUCGCCGUCCUCUAACCUUCACCUUGCGCAACUGUCCCUGUUCGAGGCUGGCAACAAUGGGGACCUUCCUCUAAUUGCUUUGAUUGUUGUUUGCUUUUUCUGUAUGUCACCCUCCUACGUUCACUCCGGAGCGAUCGUUUUCUUCGUUUUUGCCCUAAUCGCAUAA